CGCUUGGUUGGGCUCAUUAGCACUCACUUUCACACGGUCUAGCCACACUCCACUCCCGCACCGCACGACGACAGCAGCAGCAGCAGGGGCGGCGCCUACUCACCGGCGAGGCACGGACGGCGAAUCGACCCCCUCUGCAGGACUGAUGGAAGAAGAGAAGAAAUCACAAUUGCUGUCACCAUCGCCGUGGUCAGCCCUCCCGCUGGACCUAGCAAGCCUGGUGCUCAGCCUGCUCCCCAUGUAUGCCGACCGCGCCUGCUUUGCCGCGGUCUGCCCGCAGUGGCGUGCCGCUGCGAGGCAGCUCCAGAUACCACCGCUGCCGCUGCUGGCACUCCCCGAUGGCACCUUCUACAGCCUCAUGUACGACAAGCCCUUCCGCUUCCCUGGUUGUGGCUUCGCUGGGUACGAGAAUGUCUGUGGCAGCUGGCUCGUCUUCUCACGCGAUGACGGUUGCUUCAUGGUCAACCCCUUCUCCCGGGCCACCGUGACGCUCCCUGCUCUCUCAAGUGUACGACUCCGGCCUCCAAAUGCGUCUGCUAAAUCUAAAUGGGCAGAGGGCGGAAGCGUAGAAUCUGCUAACCUCUACAUCACAUGGAUGCGUAUCAAUAAAGCAGACAACCUGCGCAUAAGUAAGCUAAUCUUGUGCUCGCCAAAUCUCGUUGCUGCACUAGUUGGCAUUGGACCCUUCAGUCAGAUUCUAAUGUGCCAGCCAGGGGCCUUGUCGUGGUCAGUACGUGCGUAUGAUCGGAUCGAGGAUUUCCAAGACAUGUCAUUCUUCCAGGGCAAGCUGUACGCCAUUGCCAAGGACGAGAACCUUCUUGUGGUGAACAUCAGCCAGGACCAUAGCACCGGCGAUCCACAGGUUUGUCGGAUUGGACGAGUCAUCGAGGGUGAUUGUCCUCCAUGGUAUUAUGGUGUGUUCGAGGACAACAGUCAGGCCUCCAAGAAGCUCUACCUGGUUGAAUCGGGUGGGAUGUUGCUGAUGGUACGCAGGACGAUUUGGUGUCAGUUUCCUGAACCUGGAACGGACGUUGAAAUUAUGGGUGGACAGAAUGAGUUUGAGGUUUUCGAGGCUGACUUUGAGCAUUCACGGUGGGUCAAGGUGUUGACCUUGGGGGAUGACCAAGUGCUGUUUCUGGGGCGAAGGUGCUCGAGGUCCAUGUCGGUGUCGCAGUACGGGUUGCCAGGCGAUUGCAUCUUCUUCUUGGAUGAUGAUGAGGAUAAUUGCCUAGAGUAUGCCUAUGAUGAGGAGAACAGUUCUUUUGGCGUCUACUCCAUGAGAUUUCGCAGCAUCCAUUCCGGUGAUCCAAAUAUUUCCUGGAAGCGCUGCGCUGAGAUGUAUCUGGCAGCAUGGCUCUUCCCCGAGGACCGUUGAGAAGUUCUUAUACUGUUAGCCCGUUAUCGCAAUGCAAGCUGCUCCAAGGUUAUCUGACGAUGCUAUUGAUGUUGUUGCUAUGCGGUUAUUCUGCAAGCUGUGUGGUUGAGUGGUUCCGGUACCUACAGGCCGUGAAAUGCAUUGGUAGAAAUUAUCUGAACUUUGCUAUUCUGUUAACUGCCGUGCUCCAUCAGUGCUUGCCUGAAUUUAUGGUGGUGAUCACUACUACUGUACUAAAACCUGCUCUCGAUUUCAGGCCUGCAUGCCGCAUGAUCUAAGGAUCUGUAAAACUGUUUUAGUUUCCUUUCAGUACUCUUUAUUUCUGCCUGAACUGCUCCUCUUAGUGAGCUGCUGUAAGACAAGUUGGUGCGCUGGUUUCAUUCUGAGUAAAUGGAACCGGGGAGGGGAGCCUCCCUGUUCAUCUAAAAAAAACUCUACUAGUACUAUGAAAGCUGCUAGCUUCUAGCUACUGUGGAAUGUUGUGCUGAUGCAUGAUCUUAAGACGGUGUCAUUGCUUAUCUGUCUAUUAUCAAUAACAUGGUGGUCUCUUCUUCUU